UCUCUCUCUCUCUCUCUCUCUCUCUCUAAUAUAUAUAUUCUACGAUGCUUCCAGCAGCUGCUAUUGCUGACCCUUAAACCCUAAUCUCCGCGUCUAACCAAAAACCCUAAUCCCCUUUCUCUUGCCAAUCAUCCUCACCAAAAAUGACAGGAGAAGCAGUAAAUCCUAAAGCGUACCCUUUGGCCGAUGCGCAGCUCACAAUCACAAUAAUGGAUCUUGUUCAACAAGCCGCCAACUACAAGCAGCUCAAGAAGGGUGCUAAUGAAGCUACGAAAACACUUAACAGGGGUAUUUCUGAGUUCAUAGUGAUGGCCGCGGACACAGAGCCGCUUGAGAUUCUUCUCCAUCUUCCAUUGCUUGCCGAAGAUAAGAAUGUGCCCUACGUUUUUGUUAGUUCAAAGCAAGCGCUUGGCCGAGCUUGCGGAGUUACCAGGCCUGUUAUUGCCUGUUCUGUAACAACAAAUGAGGGAAGCCAAUUGAAAUCCCAAAUACAACAACUCAAGGAUGCCAUUGAGAAGCUUUUGAUCUGAAGUGUAAUGGAGUGCAUGUUCGGUAUGAUGGGCUUCUUGGAUCAUAUUGGUUGCACGAUCAGAGGCUUUGACUGAAGUUUUGCUAUGAGUGUCGUGUAUUAAGAUUUUUAUUUCUAUGCGAUGUGAGCAAAUAUUCUUGAAAUGAUAUUUGCUACUAGUAGUAUGCAGGAAUGAUGCUUUUCUUAAUCCCAAUGUUUAUGUAAUUUGUUUGCUUGGCUGCGGUUCAAAUUGCCAACAUGCUUCCUCUUUUUUUUUUUUUUUUUAAUCUUCUCUCCUCGUUUGGUUAGUCUUUUGAAUCAUUUGAAGUGUAAUGGCAUUGACUGAUUGAUCAUGAAUUAAGCUUUUUGGUCUA